CGCGAACACUGCGUGGGUGUGUGUGAAUGGGCUAGCAGUGCGUGUGAAUUUUAAAUGAAAUGCCAAUGAGCUUUAAAUAUGAGCUAAAACGACCACUGUGAGCCAAUGUUUGGUGCUUGGUCGUUGUGCACCAAAGUGGAAAUCCGUAGUGUUGUUGUGCGAACGUUGCUGCCAAGUGCCGCAAAUAGUAAUUUAUGCGUGCGGUUUGUUCGCAUUGUUGGAAUUGUCGGUCAUAGCGCGUAUUGCCUUUAGCCGCUGAGAACAGUGUUUUCGUUGCCCGCACAGUUCAAGUUCAAAGUGCUCCGCAUAAUCGGAUUACCGCCAUGUAUAAGUGCCCGGUCGCGCUCAGUCAGCGUUCAUGUCCGUGAACAUCGUGGCCAACCGUUACAAUUCGACUGUGCGAAUUUGAGUGUUCGUGAUGUCCGCGUCAGCACUCACACAUUCGAUGUGUUGAACGAGCAUGUUCGCUAAAAUUUUCUCGAUUUAACAUAUCAAUUAGCUCCAUACAGCAACUCCUUCCAUCCGAAGUUGUGUGCACAUAGUCAGCCUUGUUGGGCACUGAUUCAUUAGCGCAAAUUUCAGAAGUGUGCUUUAAUGGCUUGAAGUGCCAUUGUCCUUCCUGAAGCCAACCUCAAAAAUUGGUACGAGUGUACAGUUUGUGAGCCAGCAUCUUCUCCAUCAACAGUAAUAGGACUACUGACUACUCAGUAUGAGCGUUAAACUAAUGCUGCUACAAUUACCGAUUUCGAAACAGAACUGCAGAUCGCAGUGUCGAACGGAAACAUAUAAAACGUGUGUCCAUGUAUACUUGUGAAAUGAUCACUCAAGGCAUUUCUAUCAUCCAUUUGAGGAAUAGACAAUAUGAACGCCGAUCGCAGCUUUUCCCAUCAGCGCAGACCACCUGACGUCGAAGAGGCGCUCUCGUCCAUGCUGUGGACCCCAUAUGAGCGUACAACUACCGAUAGUUCCUCCGAAGAAGAUGAGCGACGCGAGCGUGCCAAACGCUUACGUAAAUCUCAUAGCAGCUAUGAGCAUAGAAUAACCUGUGAACCGUUCACCUCCACAUACUUCGAUGAUGAUGAUGAUGAUGAUAAUCAGCUGGUCCCAUCUGGGGCGUUAACAACAUCAACGCCAGCAAAUGUAGCCAACACCCUGCAAUCAACACCUUUUGUGCCUUUUCCCAACUUUUUUUACAGCAAUGAUGCAAGCGGCAGUAGCCAUCGUGAUCCCAUAUCAAUCGAUCAAUCAAAUCACAAACGAGCGGAAAAACACAGCGAUGGCAGUUUCCGGUACUCCUAUCCGUACUAUGGAAAUAUUUCAAGCCUCCACAAAUGGUGGUCUCCAUCGAUCAGCACAAAAGAGCCGCCUUCCUAUGAGUCGCUUUAUGCGAACGACUCAGCAGCAUUAGUAGCACCUGAAGUCUAUGACACAAAAUUAAGAGGAUUCAAAACAGAAGCACAACGUGAUAAUUAUACUGGUGUAGAGGAUUGUAAUACACAAAGAGAUGCUGCGUUUAGUACGAAAGGAGAGGGCACUCUUCAGCCGUUGGGCCAGAUUAACUUGGAAGUUGAAUCGCACAUUGAACUAGAAAAUUGCAACAACAAUGUCAGUGCUGCAAAACACGAGCAAAGCAAAGAGCCAAGAGAGUUAGCUACGAUACGGCUGUGUGACGAAAUGCGGCCGACGAAUGGUCGAUCACAACAAACUGAAGAGUAUAACAAUAAAAUUAAUAACAACAAUAAUCAUGACGACGAAGAUGAUGACGGAUCGAGAGAGAAAAACCAAUUAAAACAACAACACCAUCCGCAUAUGCAGUUGGAGUGCACCACCACCAGUUCACAAGCAACUGCAAUGGCAAGAGCGAUAACUACAGCAAUCGCAGGGGUUACGGAUAAAAGCAUAAAAGGAGUGGAAAGAGCAGAAACAAUAUCACACGAGGGAGAGGAGGUCAGUCAACUUGUUUCCUGCAUUGGCCGCAGCCAAAACCCCUUUUCCACUUCGCAUUUACGCACCAGUGGCGUAAACCACCAAAAUAGUAAUAACAAUAACAAUAACAAUAAUGAUGACAGUCUUCUCAGACCAAUACCAAUGCGUGGUGGUGGCUCGAACAAUGAAAGGCGAAUGAAUACUGCAGCAAUAAAUACGCUAACCAACUUGUUUGCGGCGGCUUGGAGCGACAAAGCGACAACAGCUGGGAGAGCACCCGGCAGCCACUGGGAAAGCGACUACGCUGAGCAACGCACCUUGCCACCGGUGGUUGGUGCAGUGACGAUCAUUCAGUCCGCGACGUGCUCGUUCGACGGUCGUGUAAGUGCGCGUCAACCGCGAUCUUCGUUAGUUGCCUUACCCUCGUAUUCGCAUUUGUGGAAAAAGACUUUAGGCGGUGUGCGUACAAAAGUCAAACGGGUGACACGGCCAAGUUCCGAAAACCUUCACGUUUCAAUCGCCGCUCCGCUGGACACGCUAACACCCAACAAAUGUUUGGGCGAACUCGAGCGCUUGUAUGCCGAAUUUCGGGCGAGUGAAAGUGCGCUAGUAGCAGCUCGUAGCGAUGCUGGCGAAGGUAACAAAAGUAGCCACCGUCGCCAAAAUAGUCAUCAUAGCUGCGGUCAAAGUGAUAGUGGAGGCAGUGGCUCCAAUUGCGAUUAUGAUUGUGAACUUUUGAAUGCAAAUAAAUGCGUCACCGCCAAAUUCACUGACUCGGCGAGCAAUAUGCGUCUCAACAUACCCGCUGCGGCAAGCACGCCGCUUACCUCCUCACCGUCGGAGUUACAAGUGCACACAAUCAAAGUUUUGCCCGCAAGCAGUACGAGCAGCGUCUUUGUAACCAGCCUCGACUGUGCGGCCACAGGUUGUCUGACAAGUAAUGGUCGGGCGCAGAGCGGCAGUGUUAGCAGUGACGAUCGCUGCAGCAAUCUGCUGCACGAAACAAAAAAUAGUAACGGUGAUUGCUCCAAUAAUGUGGAGAAUCAAGAAAUCAACAAUGACGAUGUUGUUGGUGCCAUUGGAAAUGACAGCAGGAGCAAUAAUGCAAUGGUCGCGGUGCUGGCCUCGUCGACCGUUCGGAGUCAGCCGAGCCUGACGAUACACGUGAAUUCGGAUAACAGUGAUCAAAACAAUAACAACAACUGCACUAACAACAAAAAUAAUGAAAGUUACAAUAAUAGAAGAAAUAAUUGCAGUGAUAAUGAUUGCGUCGCCGUAGAUGCCGCGACGCUGAAUGUGAAUGUAGGCAAUCAACAGAAAAAUAUCGUUAAAAGCAAUGGCGUCAGUAUAGUCAAUUGUAAUUAUUCCAGUGUUUACACAAUCAGCAACAGCAGCAACAACAACAACAGUGCGUCAAUGUUGAGUACAAAUAUGGCAAUCACAACAACAACAACACCAGUGAGCAGUGUCAGUGUUAACAAAAGUGUCAGUGAAGUGAGUCCAGUACCUAAUGUAUUCUGUGGCGUCAAAAAGAACGGAAGCAGCAACAGUGUUGCUGUCGAUGGUAGUGCUGCCAAAAAUGGUUCUAACGGCAAUGGGUUUAAUACAGUUAAUGUUGCCGAUAGUGUCAAUAUUAUAAGUUUAAGUGAUCAAUCGCCGAGUACGCAAGUGCGUGCCCAGCAAGUUUCCAACACCUCCUCGUCCGUGCCUCUUACAAGAUCGGCACUGUCAACGCAGACAGACGUCGAAUCUCGGCCAGCGAUAAGUGCUAUGUGCGUUGCCGCGCCCCAACAACCGCGUAGGUUCACGUCAACAGAGUGCCAAACCGACGAAAUCUCGUCCGUGCAACUGCGAACCGAUCGGGCUCCAGUCUCACCGAUUUCUAACCGUGCACAAAGACGACGGGACAGACGUGAAAGACGGCAACUACUGCAGCAUCUAUCUGCGUCGUACCCACAUCCGCACCAAUUGCACAUGCCUUCUCCAUUGCGUCGGCCGCAGGACCGUCAUUCGAUGCCCCCUGGCCCAAUGCCUAUUGCGGGCAUAGCUGCUGUGCAUUUGCCAGCCAAUCUUCAACAUUCAGGGGGGCCCGCGACAACCACCAUACCAGGGGCAAUGUCUGCUUUGCUGCGUCCCAUGCUUCCCGAUCUAAUACAUAGGCAUUUUCCACCGCCAUAUAGUGCGUUGCCAUUGAGUGGUUGUGCGACAACGGCGGUAACAUCAUCACCCCCUCCCCCAAUGAUAGGACCUGCACCGCCGCCGGGCACAACUCUUCUUACGCCAGUGAUAUCAACGGUUCCUAUGCCAGGUGGUGCACCAACAGUCGUCAGCGAUGGACGCUUCACUUUACCACUGCCAAUAAUAAGAAGAUCGCCUUCAGAACGUUCUGGAAAAGGCUGUUGCGGUCAAUGGUUUGCUGGCCCACCGCUGCGUGCCUUGAUCGCUGUGGUUGCUCUUGGUGGUGUGGCCUGCGCUUUGGGCGGCGCAGCGCUGGGUGCAACAGGUCUCGCGGGGCCUCCCAACUCGCAUCUUACUGCUGCUCUUCUAAUGAUAGGAGUUGGUGUUGUUUUGGUGACUGUGAGCGGCGCGGCGUGGAGAAUGACGGCACCUGGUGGACCGCCGUGCCUUGGUUUAGGAUCAGCAGUAGAUUUGGGCCGUUGUGGGCGACGGCCAUGCGGACGUGGUGGUGGUAACACACAUGGCUUACUUUAUCCGGAAUUCCAGCACAGGCCACCACCACCCUCUUAUCAGGCCAGCAUGCAGGAAUACCGGUUGAGGCUUUUACUAUUGGACCGCGACAGGCAAAAUGGUGUUGUUCGUGGUAACUCUCCGCCACCGACAUAUCGAUCGUAUGCUGGCAGUUUGCUGAGGGCGCCGCUAACAACAACACUAAGGCGAAGUGGAGCAACCGGCAGCAUAGCUGGCACUUCUGAGUACAGCCUUCCGCCGAGCUACAGGUCACGCAACACCACCCCGGCUACAAUACGCAGUGAACACAGCGUGGAGACUGCGCCAUCGGAUCGCCUGCUGGCUAACGAAGAUAUCCCAGAACCAUCCAAUACGCAACCAGGGAUCAGCAAUCACUCCGACUCAACAAGCGUGCGAUCCCUAUCAGAGCGGCCAAGUGGCAGUACGGCUACGGUAUCAACGACGCUAUCGAAAGCCUUUCAACAUCUCAAACAUCCACGUCCAAAUCAAUUGCGCACUUCGGCAAUUGUGGAAAUCGAGGCCACCAAUAGCCGACAAAGUCAAUCAAGUAGCAAAAGUAAUGAAUUCGAUAAGAGGGCAGAAAAUGCGAAGGAUGCCAGCCCCACUUCGCAGAAAGAACUCGUUACGAUUGUUACGAUAUCUAAAAGUGAUAGUCAAGCGGAUAAAAAUCCGAGCAGCAGCGGAGAGCAUAUCGAAAUAUUGGCGCACCUAUAAGCCAGUGACGUACUCGUAAUACAUUGACAAUACACAUACAUGCAUACAUACAUUCCUAAAGUAUGAGGGUAUGGGAAGUUAAUGUGUUUAUAAUUGUUUUGCAACCCCAAUCUUGUACAGUUUUGUAAGAGUUUUUGUACAAAUAGAUAUUUGUGUAUAAGAUUAACUGCAUAUACAUAUGUAUGUGUAUGUAUAUGUAUAUGUACAUAUGUGUAUGCAUUACUUUUAAUCUCCAUAAUCUACUCUCUUUUAAUCUAAGUUCAAAGUUAUUUAUUUGCACACCCAAAACAUGGUAGAUGUAUUAGUGAUAGCUACAUAUGUAUGUAUAUUUAUGCACCUUUAGGCAUUCGUAUAUCUCUAACGUUUGUUGUUGUAUUGUAAAUCGUUAAGUAUGUAUGUAGAAUUUGUUUUAAAUAACGUUUGUAUUUGUAUUUGAGUAUCUGAGUAUCAGGAGAUUGUGAAAAGCGAAGCAAAAUAAUUGCAAGCUAAAGUAUUAGACGAUUCCAAAAAUGUAAGUGGCGCAAUCAAAGAAUUUGUUGGAGAUAAUAAACAAAUGAAAGCCACACCAGAAAGCUAUUAAGCGAUAGACAGUUAAUUAAAGCGGUAUUCACUUGGUGGCGAAUAUUUGAAAUAUUAUGUUAUGAGUCGUAGAGUUACUCCCGAAAGUCGAACCUUACUUUACUAACUGAAACUAAAUUGGAUGCAUAAUUUCUACAUAGUUUUAGGGUACAUACAUUCGAGUAUAACUAACGAAAAUUUGUAUAUGUCUACAAUACGCAAGUAUAAGAAUGUUAUUGAUUUUAAAUUGCAAUUAAAUACUUUUAUGAGCAAAUUAAAAUAAACGCAA